AUGUCCAGAGGUGGCGGACGAGGCGGUGGUCGCGGUGGUCGUGGAGGAGGUCGCGGCGGCCGACCCAACGUGCCAUGGGACACGGGCGACGAACCUGAUGCGCGGCCAUCAGAGCUCUUCCCUCCCUACGAAGUGCCCACACCACGAAGCCUGACGACGACCGAGUCCAACAGCGUCCACUACAUGCUCCUGCUGCGUCGCCAGAUACACUCAUCGCCGCUCUACACGUCCAAGCGCACGUCGCUGACCGACCCGACCGCCCCGCGCAAGACGUACGGCCAGUCGCAGAUGAAUGCCGUCUACGGCGUCAAGAACAAGGCCUCGCUCGACCCCUUCACAUCCAUGCCGACUUACUCGCAAAAGUUUGUCCGCGAGGAGCGUGCGCUGCCCGACUGGUCCGGCCGGCCCGUCUGCCGCGAGCUCUUCCCGCAGGAGCUCCUCGAGACGAUUGACGGCGGCGGCGGCGGUGGCGGCGGCGCGGGCAAAAAGCGCAAGCUCGAGCUGUCCCGCGUGAGCACCCUGCCAAACGCGGAGGAGGCGUUUGGUAUGUCUCUGCCCGCGGGCGACGAUGGCGGCGACGGCGCAAACGGCCAGUCGCUGCUGGAUAAGCUCGAGGCGCUACGUGAGGAAGACGCGGAAGAGGGCGAGGGCGACGAGGAAGACGCGCCGGGGGAGGACGAAGAGGAUGAGAUUUACGACGAUGAGGAUGCGGGCGACUAUGACGCGGAGCAAUUCUUUGACAAUGGCGAGGACUUUGGUGAUGAAUAUGGAGAUGGUGACGAUGGAGGGGAGGGUACUUACUGA